UUUUUAUUCCUCGAUCUUCAACGCAAUGCUAUGUCGUCACCACUUCCUCCCCAGAUUCUCACUCUCUCUCCACCGUCAUCGCCACCGCCACCGCCACCUCCACAAUUUCCCCUUCAUCCUCCCUUCCGCCACCUCCAAAGAUAACCCUAACCCCAGCACCAUGUCACAUUCUUUCUCCUCGUCUUCUUCUUCUUCAAUUUCAGACGAAGAACAAGCUUUAAAAUACCACCAACAAACAAAACACAACUUCACAAAAUACGCAAAAGGCCCAGGUCGUCUAGAUUGGGCGAACCAACCAAACCCAUUUCGCAGGUACAUUGCUGCUCCCUUAGUCCAUCUCCAACAUUUCCCAAUUGAAGAACAACAUGAACUUUCAGGUGGUGCUCCUUUAUAUUCCUCUGUUUUUCUCUCUCUCCCCCCUCCAAAGCCCAUUUCAUUUUGUUCAAUUUCUCAAUUUUUCUACAAUUCUUUAGCUUUAUCUGCUUGGAAAACAGCUGGGUUUUCAACUUGGUCUCUUAGGGUGAACCCUAGCAGUGGUAAUUUACACCCUACUGAGGCUUAUCUCAUUGCUCCUGCAAUUGGGUCUUUGUCAAAUUCCGGGUUUGUUGCGCAUUAUGCACCUAAAGAGCAUGGUUUAGAGAUUAGAGCUGAAAUUCCAUCUGAGUUUUUUGAAGGUUUCCCUUAUGAUUGUUUUUUUGUCGGGUUUUCGUCAAUUUUUUGGAGGGAAGCUUGGAAGUAUGGAGAAAGGGCGUUUAGGUAUUGUAAUCAUGAUGUUGGGCAUGCUAUUGCUGCUGUUUCUAUGGCAGCUGCUGAGCUUGGUUGGGAUGUUAAGUUGCUUGAUGGGUUAGGGUUUGAUGAUUUGGAGAAGUUAUUGGGGGUUGAAUCUUUCCCUAAAUUGCCAAUACCUAGUCGCCCCACUAAGGGUGAGUUCCCUGAGAUUGAGUUUGAGCAUCCGGAUUGUAUUUUGGCAGUUUUUCCCCAUGUAGGAGAAGAGAGGUUUCAUGUGGAUUUCAAGGAUUUGAGCUCAAGGAUAUCGGAAAUUUCGAAGCUGGAUUGGAAGGGAAAGCCUAAUGUAUUAAGUAAAGAGCAUGUAGUUUGGGAUGUGAUCUAUAGGAUUUCAGAAGCGGUGAAGAAGCCCCUAUCUGAAGGGGAGAGAUUGAAGAUUGAUCCUUUUCAAUGCAGUGGUGUAGUAUGUAGUGAUACUGAUAGUUCUUACAAGGGGUUAACAGUUAGGGAGGUGGUUCGGAAGAGGAGGAGUGCGGUGGAUAUGGAUGGAACAACUGUUAUUCAUAGAGAUACAUUUUAUCAGAUUCUAUUGCAUUGUCUCCCCUCCGGAUCAAGGAACGGGGAGAAGCAAGGCAAACAGUUGGCAUUGCCAUUUAGGGCUCUCUCUUGGGAUAGUGAAGUGCAUGCUGCUAUAUUUGUUCACAGGGUGUCAGGUUUGCCUAAAGGUUUGUAUUUCUUGGUGAGAAAUGAAAGUCAUUUCGAUGAUCUAAAGAAGGCUAUGAAGUCGGGGUUUACAUGGAGGAGACCGGAGGGUUGCCCUGUCGAUCUUCCUCUUUAUGAACUUACUCCUGGUGAUUGUAAGGAGCUUUCGAAAAAACUAUCAUGCCAUCAGGAUAUUGCUGGUGAUGGCUGUUUCAGCCUUGGCAUGAUAUCACAUUUUAAGCCUACGUUGCAGACGAAGGGUGCAUGGAUGUAUCCUCGGCUUUUCUGGGAGACUGGUGUUCUAGGACAGGUGCUGUACUUAGAGGCUCAUGCCAUGGGCAUUUCUGCUACUGGAAUUGGCUGUUUUUUUGACGAUCCUGUGCAUGAGGUGCUUGGCCUUGAGGGGUCAGACUAUCAAAGUCUCUACCAUUUCACAGUUGGAGGUCCAGUCGAUGACAAACGAAUAUUGAGCUUACCUGCAUAUCCAGGCCCCGAGAUGGAUGCAUAGUUCAUAGCUCAUAGCUGCUUGAUCUAGUUGUACUAAAACAAAGACUGGUUUAGUUGUUUUACCUUCUUGUGACAGUUGUGGAUUGUAUAGAAAGAUUGAACAGAAAUAUUGUACAUACCCUCCCUUUGUAUCACUAAGUAAGGAGAAAAAUGUGAGAGAAUGCACGGUGUAUCCGGGAGCAUCUAAUAAGAACUGUGCACGUGUUUUUA